AUGAGCAACGAAGGAGAAAAGGUCAGAACCUCCGGUGAGGUCUCUCGUCCGGAGGCCACUCUGCCUACGGUCAAUCCCGCCGUGGAGGAGCCUCCCAAGCCGACCUUCCACCCGGCCGUCUACGUCAGUGUCUGGAUCGCCCUGAGCUCCAGCGUCAUCCUGUUCAACAAGCAGAUCCUGGACUAUGGUCAAUUCCGUUUCCCUAUCGUCCUGACAACAUGGCAUUUGGCGUUCGCCACCUUCAUGACCCAGGUCCUGGCCCGCACCACUACUCUGCUGGACGGCCGUAAGACCGUCAAAAUGACCGGCCGUGUGUACCUCCGUGCCAUUGUUCCCAUCGGUAUCUUCUUCAGCUUGAGUUUGAUUUGUGGUAAUGUGACCUAUCUGUACCUGAGUGUGGCCUUCAUCCAGAUGCUCAAGGCCACCACUCCCGUCGCGGUGCUGUUCGCGACCUGGGGUCUGGGAAUGGCCCCGGUCAACCUCAAGGUGCUCAUGAACGUCGCUGUCAUUGUCGUUGGUGUCAUCAUCGCCUCCUUCGGUGAGAUCAAGUUCGUUUUCAUCGGUUUCCUGUUCCAGAUCGGUGGUAUCAUCUUCGAAGCCACUCGCUUGGUCAUGGUGCAGCGCCUCCUCAGCUCUGCCGAGUACAAGAUGGACCCUCUGGUCUCUCUCUACUACUUCGCUCCCGUUUGCGCUGUCAUGAACGGUGUCACCGCUCUGUUCCUGGAAGUCCCCAACAUGACCAUGGGUCACAUCUACAAUGUAGGUGUCUGGACUCUGCUGCUCAACGCUGUUGUUGCCUUCCUGCUGAACGUCUCCGUUGUCUUCCUGAUCGGCAAGACUUCCUCCCUGGUCAUGACCCUUUGCGGUGUCCUCAAGGAUAUUCUCCUUGUCGUUGCCUCCAUGAUGAUCUGGCAGACCCCCGUCACCGGUACCCAGUUUUUCGGUUACUCGAUUGCCCUCUGCGGUCUCGUCUACUACAAGCUUGGUGGCGACAAGAUCAAGGACUACGCCGGCCAGGCGAACCGUGCCUGGGCCGAGUAUGGUGCUAACCACCCCGCCAAGCGCAAGUCCAUCAUCAUCGGUGCCGCCGCGCUCAUCUUCUUCCUGCUCAUCGGCUCGAUGGCCCCCAGCUACGCUCCUGGAUCGGUGGACCGCGUCAAGGGCAUGCUGGGUGGUGCGACCGCGGGCAAUGCCUAA